AACAGAAGCACAAGGUGCUCGGAGCGGCUGGAGCCUCCCCAGCACCGGGAAGCUGACACCAGGACACAGCACGCUGUGCCAGCAUCUUGACCAUCUCCCCCUGUCCCUGGGGGUUCAGUGGUGCCCCCUGAGCUCGACCUGCCCUGACCCCACCAUCCAACCAUGCUGCGCUUCCUGUGGGACAGCAUCUCCUUCCAGGUGAUCUUCGUCUUCUUAUUUGUCUUUCUCCUCGUCGCCGACUACAUGAAGCGCAGAAAGCCAAAGCACUUCCCUCCCGGCCCCUUCUCCUUACCCUUUCUGGGGCACAUCUACCUGAUGGACUUCAGAAAUCCCCAAGCCGUGGUGAACAAGCUUCAUGAAAAAUACGGGGACAUCUUCAGCAUGUAUAUGGGACAUGUACCGUUUGUGUGUGUAAGUGGGCUGCGGAUGAUUAAGGAAGUUCUUGUAAACCAAGCGGAAAACUUCAUGGAUCGCCCCGAAAUUCCUAUUGACAAGGAGAUCUUCAGCAGCUUGGGACUGAUCUCCUCCAACGGGCUCUUGUGGAAGCAGCAGAGGAGAUUCACCUUGACCACGCUCCGAAACUUUGGCUUCGGGAAGAGGGGCCUGGAAGAGCGCAUCCAGGAGGAGUGCCGAUACCUUGUGGAAGCAUUUGGGGAAGAACAGGGGAAUCCUUUCAACCCUCAAUAUAAAGUCACUAACGCUGUUUCAAAUGUCAUCUGCUCUGUCAUCUUUGGCGAUCGGUUUGACUACCACGAUGAGAAGUUCCAAAAACUGCUGGAGCUGUUGAACGAGACAUUUGUUCUCCAUGGGUCUGUCAUGAGCCAGCUGUACAACUCUUUCCCAUCUAUAAUAAAGUACUUGCCUGGAUCCCACCAAACCAUUUUUAAAAACUGGAAGUGUAUGAAAAGCUUUGUGCAAGAGAAAAUCGACAAGCACAAGGAGGACUGGAACCCCUCGGAGAGCUGGGACUUCAUUGACAGCUACCUGACAGAGAUGGCCAAGAACAAUGCCAGCGGCAGCUUACAAGAGGAAAACCUCGUGGCCUGCACACUGGACCUGCUGUUGGCUGGGACCGAGACCACUUCCACAACCAUCCGCUGGGCUCUGCUCUUUAUGGCCAAAUAUCCAGAAAUUCAAGCCCGUGUGCAAGCUGAGAUCGACGCGGUCAUCGGGCAGGCACGGCAGCCAGCCCUGCAAGACAGAGACAGCAUGCCCUACACCAACGCCGUCAUCCACGAAGUGCAGAGGAAAGGCAACAUCAUCCCAUUCAAUGUGCCAAGGAUGACGAUAAAGGACACGUUUGUGGACGGCUUCUUCAUACCAAAGGGCACUAUUAUGACGACGAGUUUAACCUCUGUGUUGUUUGACAAGAACGUGUGGGAAACCCCUGACGCUUUUAACCCUGGGCAUUUCCUGAAGGGUGGUCAAUUCUACAAAAACGAGCAUUUUAUACCAUUUUCUAUAGGGAAGCGUUCCUGCCUGGGUGAGGUGCUGGCCCGCUCCGAGCUCUUCCUUUUCUUCACGUCUCUGCUCCAGAAAUUCACUUUCCAGGCACCCCCGGACACCACGCUCAGCCUCGAGUUCCAGCUGGGCAUCGCAGUGGCCCCGCAGCCCUACAAGAUCUGUGCCGUGCCUCGGUAGGGAAGCCUUGGCUGCCAUCCACACAGGGAAAAGCCUUUAGCAGGCAGCGAUGAGCCCUCAGCAGCUCCCCUGCGUGGUGGCAACAACUGCCCGGUUCCUGUUUGUUUCCCUUAAAGCAAUUGCAAAAUCAGUUCUUUUACAAGUGGACCUCGCACCCUGCGUCACAUGAGGCAGGUGAUCAGCCUGGGAUCUGCCAGGGCACUUCCCUAUGGCACUGCAAAGGAAUGGGGGGCUUGGGGCUUUGCUCAUUUUAUGAUGGAUGGCCGUGCUUCAGAGCAGCAAGAAAACGGGCAACACUUCAGAGGUUGCAGUGUUCAGGCUGUGGCUGUGUACCAUGGAAGAGCAGAACCACCCUCGCUUGAUAACACUAGUACACGUAUUGAUUGCCAAGA